AUGGCCGACCAGAAGGAUUACCCGUAUUCGGAGAAGACGGAGGCCUUCUCGCAGUCGGAAAUCGAGGCCCGCAUGCAGCUGUCUCGCAUGGACGAGUUCAGCGCCGUGAGCGGCGCCGUGUCGCUGGACAACCUUGUGGUGCCGCCGGACGAGGACAUUCGCAUCCUGAUGAGGCCGCUGACGAGGAACCGCUCCGUCAGUCCCGGGACCCAGGACAACUGGAGAUGGCUGGCCCUCCACGCCGAGAUCGCCGAGAAGGAGCAGUCCCAGCACAAGGUCCUCGCUGUCACCCAGACGUCGAGGGACAUCAAGUUUUCUGUCCGCAUCCCGGGCGAGCGCCUCGACGACGCGUCUCCUAGGCCGCCACUGUGGUGCGAGCUUUACUACGACCCGACGAGCGACAACCAGAUACUUCUCAACCGCUCCGACGUCCCAUUCAUGCUGUCAAAGGCUUCCCCGCAAACCACGGGCAGCACCUCGGUGGGCUACGAGGUCAAUCCUGGCUCCAACAAAGCCCUAGCCCCGGGGACCUGGCGCAUCAAGUUCAACGAGUCCGAGGUGCUGGACUUUAGGAUCCUGGAGAAGCGCCCGGCGAGGCUCAGGCUUCCCUCGGGCUCGUCUUCCGAUCUAUCCGCGUUCAGCGAAAUGCUAAACUCGGCAGGCAAGAGAUGUCUCGAGGACGAGGACGCGCCGCUCAGCCCCGAGAAGAGGCUGCGUCCUUCGCAGAGCGACGAAAAGGACGAGGACGGCGUUAUCAUGUUUCUCCCGGCCAAGACGAAUCCGCUGGUGUUUCCGCUACCCACGGCCGAAAAGGGCAAGGAGCUAGCCACGUCCAACGGCCACCCGCUUCUAGACAUACAAGUCGACGAGACCGUCCAGAUCCCGGGCGGCUGCGAGCUUGACGAGUAUACCCUCACCAAACGAGACCCCAUUGCGUCGACCAGCUUGUCCAGCGUGUUUACCGCCGACCAUUCCAAGGUGCCCGACAGCGUGAUUGUCGUCAAGGUCCUCAAGACCAGGUCACCCGCGGCCUCCCACAGCGACGCGGCAGCGGCCCGGAACGUGAUCCACCAGGCCGACAUCUGGCUCCGCGAGCUCCAGUACCAGGAAGGCCUCCAGCACAAGAGCAUCGUGCGGCUGUACGGGGGCGACGCGCGCUUCCUGUCGCUGUACAUGGAGCACGUCGAUGCGCGCGACCUGUCGUCGCGAGGCACGUGGCGAGCCGCCGGCGACGUGUUUGCCGGAGACCGGUCCGACGGCCUGCGCAUCCUGCGCGACAUUGCGAGCGCCCUGCACUACAUCCACGACAAGGGCCUGGUGCACAACGACAUCAAGCCGGGGAAUAUCCUGUACAGCAGGGAGCGGGGGGCGGUGCUAUGCGACCUCGGUCUCUCGACGCACGCCAAGAACGCCCCCUCGUUUGGCGGCACGCCGUGGUAUGUGCCGCCUGAGUUCAUCGGUCUAAAGCAGCGCGGUGCGCCGAGCGACGUGUGGGCGUUGGGCGUGACGAUGCUCUACGUCCUGGGCAGGCUCACCUUCCCGGAUGCCAGAGGACACAGGGCCCACCCGCGGCACCUGCACUGGCUCAUCGCCAAGGUCCACGCGAGGGACCGGUCGCAGCAGCCAGAAGCCAUUUCGGCCAUGCGGCAAUGGCUGGCCGAGGUGAACGCCCUGCGCGCCGGGCUGGACACGCAUGACAAGCUAGAGCGGCUCAUCCACAGCAUGCUGGCACCCAACCCCCACCAAAGAGCCACGACGAAGGACAUUAUCAAGGCGUUUAGCGAGCAGCCAGACAGAUGA